GUUCCAACCGAUACCUCCAGCGAGAAAUUUUCAGCCAUGGAUGGAGAAGUUCUAGAAGCCUACAAAGUCUCUUUUCAUGAUGAUGAAUUGCCGCCUGAAGGUUUGGGGCACAACAAGGCAUUGAACAUUACAGUCAAAUGCAGGGAUAAAUUCAUUUCUGAAGUGUUGAUUGAUGGGGGUUCAAUUUGUUAACAUAUGUCCUAUCAUUACUCUCCGAGCUUUAGGAAUUGAUAUCGGGAAACUUCGUGAUAGUCACGUGAGGGUUAAAGGUUUUGAUGGAGCUCAAAGGGGUGUCGUAGGGGAAAUUGACUUAGCACUGGAAAUUGGACCCGUGGAGUUUACGGUGGAAUUCCAAGUGAUGGAUAUAUCCGCUAGUUACAACUUGCUGAUAGGAAGGCCAUGGAUCCAUAUGGCUGGUGCAGUCCCUUCUACCCUGCACCAAAAUUUGAAAUUUGUCUGGAAUCAUCAGGAAAUUGUGAUCCAUGGAGAAGGCAACAAUUCGAUUUAUCCCGAAAACUCAAUUCCCGUUAUUGAAAGUGUAGAAAGGCUAGAUGGAUCUGUUUUUCAUACUAAGGAAAUUAUGUGUACUACUCAAGCUAAAAGGGUAAAAUUGCCACGUGUGCUUAUGAUGGUGGCUUGGAAAAUGUUGAAGAAUGGUUUUAAGCCUAGUCGAGGUCUCGGAGUGAACUUGGAUGGAAUAGUAGAACCAAUUCAAUUACCCGGUCAGAAGGAUACUUUUGGUCUUGGAUACGAGCCCACUCUUGAAGAAAUCUCAUUGGCUAGUCUCAAAAGGAAAGGUGAUAUUCCCUUGCCAAAGCCUCGUCCCUCUCCCCGAAUCGGUCAUUUUUCAAGGCGUCUCGUCACCCAAGUAUCGAGGAAGCGCCGAAGACAACCUCGUGGAAGGUCUCAAGAAUCUAUUCAUUACCGAGGAAGAAGUUGA